GACGGCAGCGGCGGGGACCAGAGCAUGGAACAGCCUGCCGGCGGGGCAGUCCUGAAGUUGAGUUUGAGAGGCGACACGGCGGCGGCGGCCGCGCUGCUCCCGCUCCUCUGCAUCCCCAUGGAUAUGCACUGCAAGGCAGAUCCUUUCUCCGCGAUGCACCGGCACGGGGGUGUGAAUCAGCUCGGGGGGGUGUUUGUGAACGGCCGGCCCCUGCCCGACGUGGUGAGGCAGCGCAUCGUGGAGCUGGCCCACCAGGGCGUGCGACCCUGCGACAUCUCUAGGCAGCUGCGGGUCAGCCACGGCUGUGUCAGCAAAAUCCUGGGCAGGUACUACGAGACGGGCAGCAUCAAGCCUGGAGUGAUCGGAGGCUCUAAGCCCAAGGUGGCAACGCCCAAAGUGGUGGACAAGAUUGCCGAAUACAAGCGCCAGAACCCAACUAUGUUCGCCUGGGAGAUCCGAGACCGGCUCCUAGCAGAGGGCAUCUGCGACAAUGACACAGUGCCCAGCGUCUCCUCCAUCAACAGGAUCAUCCGCACCAAAGUCCAGCAGCCUUUCCACCCAACGCCGGACGGGGCCGGGACGGGGGUGACUGCCCCUGGCCACACCAUUGUUCCCAGCACGGCCUCCCCUCCUGUCUCCAGCGCCUCCAAUGAUCCAGUGGGAUCCUACUCCAUCAACGGGAUCCUGGGAAUCCCUCGCUCGAAUGGGGAGAAGAGGAAACGUGAUGAAGUUGAGGUUUACACUGAUCCUGCCCACAUUAGAGGAGGUGGAGGUUUGCAUCUGGUCUGGACUUUAAGAGAUGUGUCUGAGGGCUCAGUGCCCAACGGAGACUCCCAGAGCGGCGUGGACAGUUUGCGGAAGCACUUGCGUGCCGACACCUUCACCCAGCAGCAGCUGGAAGCUCUGGACCGGGUCUUCGAGCGUCCUUCCUACCCCGACGUCUUCCAGGCCUCGGAGCACAUCAAAUCAGAACAGGGGAAUGAGUACUCCCUUCCGGCCCUGACCCCUGGGCUUGAUGAAGUCAAGUCGAGUCUAUCUGCCUCCACCAACCCCGAGCUGGGCAGCAACGUGUCAGGCGCGCAGACGUACCCCGUGGUGACCGGUCGUGACAUGGCGAGCACCACUCUACCUGGUUACCCCCCUCACGUGCCCCCCACUGGCCAGGGAAGCUAUCCCACCUCCACCCUGGCAGGAAUGGUGCCUGGGAGCGAGUUCUCCGGCAACCCGUACAGCCACCCCCAGUACACGGCCUACAACGAGGCUUGGAGAUUCAGCAACCCCGCCUUACUAAUGCCGCCCCCCGGGGCUCCGCCCCUGCCGCUGCUGCCGCUGCCUAUGACCGCCACUAGUUACCGCGGGGACCACAUCAAGCUUCAGGCCGACAGCUUCGGCCUCCACAUCGUCCCCGUCUGACCGCCCACCCCGGAGGGAGGGAGGACCGACGCCACGCGAUGCCUCCCGGCCGCCGCCCCAGCCCCAGCCCCCACACCCCCUCCCCAGGACCCCUGCAUCCCUUCACGUCACCCCGUCCAAGGCUGGACAGGACGGGCGGAGCCGCGGGCGGGACCCUCAGGCCCGGGCCCGCCGCCCCCACCCCCGCUCGCCGCCCCUCCCCGCCUGCCUGGACGCCGAGAGGGAGGGGGCAGUUCCCGAGCCUGCUCCCGCCGCCGCCUCGGCCCAGCCACGCCGCCCGUCUCGGGCCCAGCCCGGCCCGGCCCGCCACUACGCGCGCGCGCGCGGGAGGGACACGUUUCUGUGACACACAAUCAGCGCGGACUGCAGCGCGGCCCGGCCCGGGGCUGCCCACUUCGGCUGCUCAGGCGCCAGGAGGCUUCGCUGGAGGGACUGGGCAAAGGGAAAUGAAAAACAAAACGGAUUUUCUAUCGAAGGAGGAAGAGCGUCGCGACGAACCGUCGGAGGAAAGUGCUUCGCCCCGCGGCCGGCUGGACUGUCCCCCCCACCUUCCCAGGGUGGAAUUUGAAUGGGAGCCGUGGGGAGCGGGCUCCGGAGAUGCGGGCUAGGGUCGUGAGGUCUUUGCAAGCUUGGCACGCAGGUCCCAGCAGCCCGCACCCGCGGGGCUGACUUCUGGCGCGCCCCAACUCCACCUGAGUUGCCGAAGCCUCAGGAUCAAACGCGCCUGCUAGUGACCAGACUCUCAUGGGGCCCCUACCUCGGCGUCUCUUCCAUCUCCUGGGCCCCUCCUCCUACCCGCUCGGCUACCUUUCCCCGGCCGCCCCCGUUCCUCUGCACCCUAACACGCCGCCCCUCUGCAGGCACGCUGUGCCCGCCCCUGGGGCGGAGUCCUUGGGCCGAGAGGGUCUUCCCCAGUAGGGGACCUGCCCCUCCUUUCUCCUCCCCCCACCCCCGAAACAGACUGGAUCUGUUGCUGGAAGGAGCAGGUUCGGAGCUGGCGUCUGCACAGCUGCCGGGUGGAAGCAUGGGGUGGGCGUGGGGGGCUGCCCAUUCCCCUGCCCACUCAGACUACCACCACCACCACCACCACCUCCUCCUCCUCCUCCUCCUCCUCCUCCUCCUCCUCCUCCUCCUCCUCCUCCUCCUCCUCCUCCUCCUCCUCCUCCUCCUCCUCCUCCUCCUCCUCCUCCUCCUCCUCCUCCGGCAGGAACUGAACAGACCGGAAAAAAAAAGUCUACGUUUAUUUAAUAUGAUGGUCUUUGCAAAAAGGAAAGGAAAAAAAAAAGCAAAACAAAACCCCACCAGGCUGCUGCUUCGUAGAAAGACGGUGUGUGUCUCGCGUGAAGGCGACCCGUGUACAUAACCCCGCCCUCCGCCCCGCCCGCCCGCCCGCCCGCGCCCCGCCGCCAGCCCGCCGCCCGCCCGCCUGUAGAUCCGCCCCCGCUGUCUGUGCCGGGAGAGGAGCCGCCGGUCCGGGGAAGGGGGGGCACACAGCUCCACGCCCUCCGAAGCACAGCACGUCCGGGGGGAGGGGGGCCUUUUUUAUGUUACAAAAAAAAAAUUACGAAAGAAAAAUCUCUAUGCAAAAAUGAUGAACAUGGUCCUAUGGACUCCUCUCGCCUCUGUUUUGUUGGCUAUUUCUCUGUAAUUCCGUGUUUCGCUCUCUCCUCCGCAUCUCUGCCCUCUUGCCGUCUCUUCUCUCUGCUUCUCCCCACUCUGGUCUGUCUGCUGUCUGCCCCCUCUCUCUCCUCUCUCUGUCUCUCUCUCUCUCCCUCCCUCCCUCCCUCCUUCCCCAGUCUCCUCUCUCCUCUCUCCUCCCUCCUGUCUCUUUUUCCCAAAUCUCUCCUCUCUCAGUCUCUUCUCUCUCCUCUCUCCCGUCUCUCCUCUCCCUCCUCCUCUGCUCCCUUCUCUCUUCCUCUCUCCUCUGCUCCCUUCUCUCUUCCUCUCUCCUCUGCUCCCUUCUCUCUCUCUCUCUCCUCUCUCUCUCUCUCUCUCUCUCUCUCUCUCUCUCUCUCUCUCUCUCUCUCUCUCUC